AUGGCUGCCCAAAAGAACUCAAUGAAAAAGAAGAAGACAAAGGAGGAGACGCCUGCAAAGGGAGAAAGCCGGAAACCAACGGAUGAUAUGAGCACGAUGACAGACGAGAAGUUGAAUGAGCUGAUCCUUGAGAGCUGCCAGGAUAUGAACUACCUCGUCAGCCUGAUCCCCGCCGACACUUACAGAGUGCCAGACGUGGCCGAGCGAUCGAAGCCUCUCAAGUACCAGAAGAAGGUGAAAGAGACUGUGAGCGAGAAAGUCCUGAGAGCGGAGAAAAGCGCCAAGAAGAAAGCCAAGUUUGCCGUGGAUAGAACGGGUGGUGAAGCGGGGGCGAAGGAGGGGUCAGAUAGCGACGAAGGAGAAGAAUCGGAGGAUGACUCAGAGGUUGACAUGUCAAGCGAGCAGCCCAGGAAGGCAGUUGUGCCGGGGGUUCGAGCUAAGACCCCAGCUGAGCUGAAGGAGCUACUGGAGAAGAAGAUGAGUGCACUACAGCCCAAGAGAAAGGAGGGAAGGAGCGAGCGAGCCGAAAGCAGGAAACGAAAACGAGAAGAAGCCAAGGAGAAGAAGAAGAAACAGCAAGAGAAGGACAAGAAGUCCAAAAGCUUCGUGCCAAUCCCCUCGCCGAUGCCCAAAGAGAAAAGGCAAAGGAAGGAGACGGAGCAGAAGACGGAAGACUUCACCUUCGGCAGGAUGAAGAUGGGAGGAGAAGAAAUCGUCGGGGGAGGGAAGAAUAAGAACAAGAAGUACAGAGACAAGCCCGAGAAGUUGCUUGCAAAGCUCGAGGAGAAGGAGAAGAAGCUGGAAAUGCUGGGGAAAGACACCGAGGAGGGGAAAGCUUUCAUGGUCAAGGACGACAAGACGCUGUUGAACAAGACGAUCAAGAAGAAACAGAAGAUGAAGGCGAAGACAAAAGAGAAAUGGGUCAAAAGGGCAAAUGAUAUCGAAGAUCAACGAGCCAAGAAAGCCAAAGAGAAGCUGGAGAACAUCAAGAAGCGAGCUGAGGACAAGAAAAACAAGAAAAUGGGGAUCAAGUCGAAAGCCUCGAAAGGCAAGAAGAAAAAGUAG